GCAUAGUAGGCCGCCAAUGCUCAUCGCUGGAGUGCGGCUGAGGGAGUGGACGUCGCUGUCUAUGGGGGAGAGAAGAUGGCUCCCUUCCCGGAGGAGGUGGAUGUUUUCACCGCCCCGCACUGGCGGAUGAAGCAGCUCGUCGGGCUCUACUGCGAUAAGCUUUCUAAGACAAAUUUCUCCAACAACAAUGAUUUCCGAGCUCUCCUCCAAUCAUUAUAUGCUACAUUUAAAGAGUUUAAAAUGCACGAGCAGAUUGAAAAUGAAUACAUCAUUGGUUUACUUCAGCAACGUAGCCAAACUGUAUAUAAUGUACAUUCAGACAAUAAGUUGUCAGAGAUGCUUAGCCUCUUUGAGAAAGGAUUGAAAAAUGUAAAGAAUGAAUAUGAGCAGCUCAACUAUGCGAAACAGCUAAAGGAACGAUUGGAAGCUUUUACCAGAGAUUUCCUUCCUCACAUGAAAGAGGAAGAGGAGGUUUUCCAGCCAAUGUUGAUGGAAUAUUUUACCUAUGAAGAACUGAAAGACAUAAAAAAGAAAGUAAUUGCACAACACUGCUCACAGAAGGAAACUGCAGCAGAAAUACGUAGAGGGAUUAGUCUGUGGAAUCAAGCAGAAGAACUCCAGAAAGUUUUUAAAUAUUCUGUGGAUGAAAAAGCAGAUCAUGAAACUGAAGAACCAGGACAAGCCACCAGCAUUGUUCAUCUACCUUCUGAGGUGAUGCUGACUAUUUUUAGCUACCUUAGCCCUCAAGAAUUAUGCCGAUGUAGUCAAGUCAGCACUAAAUGGUCACAGUUAGCGAAAACAGGAUUUCUCUGGAAACACCUUUAUCCUGUGCAUUGGGCUAGAGGAAAUUGGUCCCAUGGCCCACCAGGUGAUCUUGAUACGGAGCCAGACGAAGAAUGGGUGAAAAACAGGAAAGAUGAAACUCAGGCUUUUCACGAAUGGGAUGAAGAUGCUGAUAUAGAUGAAUCUGAAGAAAAUGGAGAAGAAUCUUUGGCUAUCAGCAUUGUUCAGAAAGAGAAAAACUUACUUCAAGGCAUAAUCCAUAACAUUCUGCCACGUGUAGGCUCAUCAGUGAAAACUAUUGUACUGGCAUACAGUUCGGCCAUAUCUAAUAAAAUGGUCAGACACAUCUUGGAACUUUGUCCUAACAUGGAAUAUCUUGAUCUCACUCAGACUGAUAUUUCUGAUUCUGCAUUUGAAAGUUGGUCUUGGAUUGGUUGCUGCAAGAGUCUCCAGCAUCUUGAUCUCUCAGGUUGUGAAAGAAUAACAGAUACGGCUGUAAGAAAGAUUUCUAAAGCUCUAGGGAUUUUGUCUUCCCACGAAGUACGAUCUCAGAAAAGUUUUCGAAACAGGAGAGGGAAAACUGUGUGGAAAAACAAAGAGAUUGCCUUGGAGUCCAGCAAAAAGGAUUGUGGCCUGCAUUAUAUAACAAAUGAAAAUGUGAUUAAGGAAGAAGGAAACGAAAGCCAUUGGAAUGUACCAGUCAGAUCAGAGGAUUUCAACUCUGCCUAUAUCUGGAUGUUAGAUGCCAAAGAUUUGGCCGAUAUUGAAGAUGCUGCAGAGUGGAAGCACAGAAAACUGGAAGGAGAUUGUGUGAUAGAAUCAGCCUCCUCUUUCCUUUGUUCUGCAUCCUGCUGCAAUAAAGACAUUUUUGGAUUAAGGACUAGCUUCUGUUGGCAGGAACAGCAGCAUUGUGCUUCUGCGGCCCUGACCUACUGUGGCCACUCUUUUUGUUGUGCUGGGUCAGCAUUAAAAAUUUUCCAGGCACUUCCGCCAUCCCCUGGGCUACCUAACCACGCACCAUGGACUAAUAGGCAGAUAGAGGGGAAAGACUUGACACACCUCAAGAGUGCAAAAUCGGACCAAAAGAAAGCCCGAGUUCUUCAGUUCCUCAGUUUGUCAGGAUGUUAUCAGAUAACAGAUAAUGGUCUCAGGAUGUUGACUCUAGGAGGUGGGCUACCUUAUCUAGAACAUCUCAAUCUCUCUGGUUGUCAGACAGUAACCAGUGCAGGUCUGCAAGAUUUGGUCUCGGUGUGCCCUUCUCUAAAUCAUGAACACUUUUACUACUGUGACAACAUAAACGGUCCUCACGCUGAAACUGCCAGCGGAUGCCAGAACUUGCAGUGUGGUUUCCGAGCCUGCUGCCGCUCUGGUGAAUGAUCCAACUCCUUACCCUUUUUGUCUACUUCGUUUAGCUCCGCAGGCUUCCUCUCAUGCACUUUACUUACAGUUUGCAUCUUGUUCUUGACUGUUUCUUUUUGGAGUGUGAUUUGUGGAUUCUUUUGCUCCGUAAUUCAGAAAAUUGUAAGCAACCUGUGUAGUUCCAUACUGAUUUGGAAGGUGAGAAGUGAAUUUUUUUUGUGCUUUGAAAAGAAAUUAUUAAAUCACUUGAACACUUUCAUCCUAAUAUUUGGCACUUAAAUUUGGGGUGUUUUUCCCCCUCUCUUUGUGCUAAGUCCAUAAAAAAACUUACAUACUUAUAUAGAAAUCUUUCAGUAAAUGUGAAACACAUUUGAAUAACAAUAUAUAUUGUUAAGUAGUUAUUUUUCCCAUAACCUUCUGAUCCCAGAGUUGUUCUUAAUGAAUUAGAGAGAUUCCUUCUGUCUUUUAGUACUGAUUUCACAUUUUAGGCUUGAGGAACAAUAAAUGAAACAUUCCCAUCAGUAUCAGAGUUUGUUAAUCUGAUAAAGUUAUCUUAACAAUAGGCCAGUGACUGUCAUUGCCACAUCAUCUUGUGAGCGUCUCAAAGUAUUUGCUUAACUGUAGUUGCAUUGCAACCAUGAUCCCCUGCAUCUUCUAUAUAGACAUACUAAAGAUGUUGAAUUUUGAAAGGGAUUUUCCCAGAAGCAAUUUCUCUGUGAUAAGAGCAACUGUAAUAAAUAAACUGCAAUUUUAAGAAACUUUCUUGUAUCAAUUUGCAUGCUGGGAAGAUACAAAAAGGUGGAAGAGAAUUUGUUACUAGUGUUGGGUGGCAUGUGCUUACAAGUAGACCUCACUAACUGACUCCCUUGUGCAGCAUGGUAUACCAUGGUAUACAUUUACCACUCUUGCAGUGUCCCUCAGUCAUAUGAUUACCAUUACAGUCAUAUUCAUUGUCCUGUGCAUGAUCCCUCUCCCUCUGCAGAAUGGAAGAUUGAAGAGGAAGGGAUUACAAGAGAGUACGCAGGCAUAUAAGGAAUACACCAGUUGUUUGUGGCUUCCAGCCCCAAGCAUGCUACAGAAACAGCUGGUAGCACUGCAUUCCUUUUGUUGUAUAUUCUUCAUUGUCUACUUACUUUCUUGUAAUCCCUCCCUCUGCAAUAAUUAAAUAAUGAAUUAAUUAAAAAACAUUUAAUUCCAUUUUUCCUAAUUUUCCCAGCACUGGGAAGAGAAUGCCAAAGGAUGGAGGAGUGGCAAAGCAUAGUCACAGUCUUGUGAUUACUUAACGCUUCAUUUAGCAACCCUAUUGUUACUAAACAAGGACUACCUGUAUUGAAAAAUACAGUGCUUGGUUUCAUGUCACGUGCAGUCUGAGAGCUGUGACUUUCCUAAAAAAAAAAAAAAGAAUUCAGAUUUGGCCACCAACAAAUGAGGUGGUAGAAGGAUUUGAAAGAACUUUUCUGAAAGUACUUUUGCCAUAUUUUUGUGUCACAAUUGGAGGAAAAUAAAUGUACUGUACGCUAAUGUUUAUUUUGUUAAUAAGUUACCUUGAUUUACAUUGUAUCUUAAAAACAGCACUUACAGAAACUUUAAAAACAACUCACAAGAAAUAUAUACAUACUUUGCAUCAACAAGUAAAAAGACAGUGCAGACAGCAAUUCUAUUCCAAAGCUGUUCCGUUUCCAGAUCCAUUCAAUUCAGUGGUUGUCCUGGUAAGAAUCCCCCACAUGAUUCUCCUCCACUAAAUAUGAAUGGGGACUUUUUGCACAGAUGCUCAGAAUUUGAGAGUUUACUUGCCUACAUGAGGACACAAUGGUAUCUCUAAGAAACUAUCAGGAUUCAGAUGCAAGAAUCAAAAAAACCUGGGAGCAAUGGUUUAAUUUCUUGCUGCCCUAGGAUGGAAAGUUUUACACAACUAUAAAGCAAUUUACAUCGGGAAAAUUAAAGGAUAAACAUGGGUAUGCUGCCUUGAACCACUGGAUUAAAUGUGGAUCUGAAUCAACUACAGUAUGCCUAUUUCCCUUGGUAACUCUUCUCCCUGUCCAUUCUUUUGGAGAGUAAUCUCCAGGCUUCCGAGUUAUUAUUUCUGCUACACUCUGACCAGAAUCUUACCUAAUUAACUCUGAUUGGGGAUGGGGUGUUUUAUACUUCAAUAAUGCCAGCUGAAAAUAAAAU